AUGGCUGAUAAGAAAAAAAUAUCAAAUGGUUCUAUUCACGUUUCUAAUUGUGAAGAAGCAGAGCUAAUUGAUAGACUUUCGGGAACUAUUAACAGAGGCGAAGCCUUGAAAUAUUAUAAUAGAAAAAAUCAAAAACGACAAACUUUAACUCAUAUUAAUAUGAAUGAUUUAACUACUUCUGAAGUAUGCAAUACAGAUAAAAUUUAUCAAAGAAGCUUAUCCAAUAUUUCUUUGGAUAAGCAAUCUCAUCAUUUUUCAUUAGAAGAAGAUAAUAACUUAAGGCCAUCUAUUCAAAGAACCAGAAAAAAUAUGGAAUUACAUAACUCAUUAUACUCGAAUUCUAGCCAGUCCACGUCUUAUAAUAAUCAAACUGAAAAGCUGAAAGACUUGAUCAUUGAGCUUUUGUCAGAAAAUAUCAAAUUGAAGCGAAAAUGUAAGAAUCAUCAAUAUGGUAAAAAAAUUAUACCGAACUAGAACGAUUAUAAUCAUUUAUACUGUUUGCCAUCAUCCUAUUUACAAUAGUAAGUUAUAAUGAUUAAUAAUUAGGAAUAUUUUUAUUUAUCAUAUUUAAGUACAGAAGACAAUAAUAAACCUUGCAAAAAUUUAAAUCUCUACAGCUUUGUGCGCGACUUUAAAACAGGCUCACAUUUGAGAGUAAAUCAAAUUAGUCGGAGAAAAAAUAAACUUAAUUAA